UCCUCAACUCCAGAGAUGAUCAGCGCUCCAUGCAGACCAUCUUCUUCUUCUCCUCCUUUUUCCUCUCUCCGGUCUGCACCUCUCCUCACUGGGAUAAACUGGGUCGAUAUGACACCUAUGGGCGCAUCAGCUGCUAUCUCUCCCCAAGAUCAAUCCGAACAGUUAUGCAAUAGCGUUCACCUUAUCGAUUAUUUGGGAUGUGUAGUCAUGCGGUUCAACUUUGCCAGUGUUAACGCAAACCAGAGGACUACACCUCCCGGCAGGCGUAGCGGCACAGUGCUCCACUAGUUACACAUUGAGUGUAGUUGGCUGCACUUGGAAAUCCGUUCAUGAUUCGGUUCAUUAAUAAAUAAACAGUUGGGUGUCAUGGCGGAAUCUGCAGCGUGUCCUGCUUUCCAGCUCGGCAGAUCCCGAUACGACCAGAGUUCAUUCCUUGGUCGACUGAGACACUUUGUAGACAUCAUCGAUCCCAGUACCCUGUUUGUGUCGGAGAUACGAUUAAAAGAAUGCAUCAAGCUCCUUGAUGACUAUAAACAUGGCAUGCUUCCACCUGGAGUGUCUGAUGUUCAGUUGUGGGAGGCCCAGAAGAUCAAACAGGCCAUCAUUCAUCCUGACACAGGGGAGAAGAUCUUCAUGCCAUUUCGAAUGUCAGGUUAUGUACCAUUCGGAACACCAAUUGUCAUUGGCCUCCUUCUCCCAAAUCAGACUGUGGUGUCUACCAUUAUUUGGCAGUGGCUGAAUCAGAGUCACAAUGCCUGUGUGAACUACGCCAACCGAAACGCUACAAAGCCUACGCCAACAUCUAAGUUUCUUCAAGGCUAUGUGGGAGCUGUGACGAGUGCCGUCUCCAUUGCAGUGGGACUGAAUGUGCUGAUUCAGAAAGCCAACAAGCUGAGCCCUGCCACCAGAAUGAUAAUCCAGAGACUUGUCCCCUUCCCAGCUGUAGCGAGUGCAAACAUCUGUAACGUGGGCCUGAUGAGACACAAUGAGCUGUCUGAAGGUAUCGACGUGCUAGACAACAAUGGGAAUGUGGUGGGAUCCUCCAAAAUCGCUGCAAGACAUGCUAUCAUGGAGACCGCCUUCACACGUGUGGUCCUCCCCAUGCCGAUCUUCGUCCUGCCCCCCAUCAUCAUGUCCUACCUCGAGAGGCUGCGAUUCCUGCAGAGCAACCGCAGAUUGUUGCUGCCCAUCCACAGCUUCGUGUGCCUGGUCACCUUCGGCCUCUCGCUGCCUGUGGCCAUCAGCCUGUUCCCCCAGAUGUCUCAGAUUGAAGUAUCUCGCCUUGAGCCGGAGAUCGCCAUGGCAACAGAUUGCAAGGUGGUGACCUACAACAAGGGUUUAUGAUGGAUGGCGAGGCUGCGAUGAGAAAAGCUGCUGGGGAGAACCAGCAGCAGGGUUCCUCCUGUGGACAGGUUGGAGAACUAUCUGCUGCCUUGUUAUCGCUGUAGAUCAUCACUAACCUGGUGUUUCUAAACCUGUUUUCUACUAUAAUUAUGGAGUCAUGGAUUCUACAGAGUUUGAAAAUACCAUAGAUUAUUUUCUUUCUUCCUGAUUUUAAGAACUCUGUAUAUAAAAAUGCUGUUCUAUUUACUGUAAAAUCAUUUUUUUUAGCAUUAAUGAAUCAUUAAAUAAGUACAAUUCAAUGUUUCCACACACAUCACACUACUACUGAUGUGGUUCCGGCUACUCAAGCAUAUUUUAGGAUUUUACAUGCAGUUUAACUUGCAAUAAAUUGUAUUUUUGUCUAUUUCAGGGGUUAAUAUAAACACACAUUAUAACCUUUUGAUGUGACAAAUGUCUUAACAGAUUCCUAUUCAAACAUCUAGCUCUAAUAUUUGUUUGGAGCUGUGUUUUCGGCCUCCCUUUUUGGUCUCCACCACCUCCUGAGAGGAACAUCUCUGGAUUUUCAGCUGCUAAAUGCUCCACUGAGUUUGUCAGAGCUGUUCGGAUAAAAACAGCUGCGAGUGAAUCAAAGCAGUGAAGCUCAGAAGCUGUAAAAGAAAAAGAAAUAAACAAGAGGUUGUGGAGGUUAUAAAGCUCUGUGGAACCGAGAGGAGCUGCAGAGUCGGAUAAAUAUUUCUGUCUGAGUUCAUCACAAGGAGUGACUCUUCACAGCAAUGCGAUGAAUCCUGUGAUCCAUUUUCACACAAAUGUGUUCAUACUAUCUGUUUUUGUGCUGUCUGUGCCACAAAGAACAAUCCCACUUCCUCUUUUGUCUGGCAAUCAACUGGUUAAGGUUUUGGUGCUAAACAGGAGCUUGUUAACUAAUCAGCUGCUAAUUACUCUAUCUUUUUGUCAGCCAAUUAGCUCCUGAAUUAGUGGCUUCCAGUUAUUUUUACUGUGUAAUCCUUAAAAAUGAAGCCAUGUCUGCUUACAGCUCCUGGACAAGUAGAUGAUUUUCUGUUCUUCUGGUCUGUAGAGGUGAAAUAUUCAAAUCUGAGUCUGAAUUAAUCAGGUGAUCAUUAGUUUGAAUCAAAGGCCUGUUUCUGAGUCAACUAAUACUUGAUUUUUUUGGAUUUCCUUUAAACUGAUAACGAUACAUCAGCACUUUUAACACCUUAAAAUGGAAAAUUACUGAUGACUUUUACUGAGUGGGACACUUUAGAGCUGAAAACCCGACGUAUCGGUGCUCUCUGGUGGACAAACCGAAGAGAAAACAUGGUGCAGAUCUUUCUGAACUGCAGUUUCUUCUCAGUUAUAUACUGGUAAUCACACAGGCUUCAGGCUGGGAAAGUGCUUCAUAGAACCUGUGGGAAGCCUUUUGCAAUAAAUAUCGGUAUGUAUUAGAAGUCUGAAAUCUCCAGGCAGCACUGCUGAUAUAAACUGUUUAAUGUGAAACCUGCUGAUGACGACUGUGGAGCGAUAAAACAACUCAAAGCCACUGAGAACACAGUGCAUGCUGUACUGUACAUGUAUAUUAACUGAUAUGUUUUUUUAAACUGACUCCUGAUUACAUUCCAGAUAUUUGAACCCUAAUAAUGUGAAAUAACACCCAGAGCUCCUGAUAUUAAUGUUCCUUCUUAACUUGUGUGAAGGACAUUUUGCUCCACAACUGACUGUUGUUAAACCACUCAUGUAUUCUUAAGAUAUUCUUAAUAAAUUUGUCCUUUUGUACAAAAAAUAUAUGACAUAUAUGUAUAGCCUAUGUAUAAUAUUCAGCUGAUUCUGUUCUUAAUUCUUUGUAUGAUACCUCUACUGCUACUACGAGUUUGUUAAUGUUUGCUAGACAGUGUAAAACAUCUCUCUAUAUAUUAUUUUCCAACAUAUAAUAAAUACUCUCUCCUUGUA